AUGUACUUCACCGACGUUGGCGUGGAAUACAUCUGUGACAAAGACCGCGGGAGCGAAGCCGCUAAAAACCUCGCUGCAACGCUACGCGACCCAACUCUAGAGCCGGGACUAGCCUACAUGGAGCGAAUGAUGCACGAAUACACAGGGCGCCGCCUUACGUAUGAUCAUGAUGCACUCAACGCUAUUGUUGGUGCGCUCGACACGCAAGCAGAAGACGACCACAUAUGGGGCGUUCAUCUUGUUAAAGAUGACAUAGCCACUGAAUCUCUGGAUCUAUUCGUCUACGCUUUCUGGGAUGCCAAGGACAAACCUGUUCUUCGGCGCAAACAAGGAAGUGUUAAACUACCUUGCGCCGUAAUCAUUCGAAGAGCGGAGAGGCAUUAUAGACUGCGACACCCUACUCCAUUCGAAGAAGAGAUUCAGAUACUCAUCCUGCGUCAGCACGAUACACAUUACGAACGCAUCGGAUACUUUGCCUGGAACAGUUUCCUGCUAGACACCUAUUCGUCGGACGAGGAACCAUGGGAUAGUGACCAGUCGAGUGCCGGUUCGUCGUCGUUUGACCCAUAUUACGAGCCAGAGGAGACCACGUUUGCUCUUGAUAAGCAAGGCAACGAAGUCUAUGUUUCUAUGGGCGAGGACGACGAUGAGGGCUUCCGUCGAUAUGGAGACGGUAGAUACUGGUUAAAGGAUGGUGUUGAGACCACGUUCCUUUUGGGCUAG